AUUUAAAUGUGUGUUUCUCUUGAACUUGGCCUACAGAAGCUUGUAGCUUUUUCAAUCCAACUUUACCUUUUCUCGAUUUUGUUUUUUGGUGAUGCCUCCUACAGUUGUUCAAGAGUCAGCUGCUGCUAUUGGUGGCACCGACGCCGCUGACGCAUGGCGCGGGUUUUCACCCGUGCAAACAAACUACAUCCCUGCCGAUUUUCCUGACAAGAUUGUCGGUCCCAGCGCAUGGGAUGGAAAAGAGCUGGAGCAACACCCCGAGAAAUGGAUCUAUCACGUAACAGCCCAAGAUAUCGCUGAAAUUGAUCAUGCUGUCAAGCAUUUUAUUGGAUUGGAUAUCCCUUUGGGAGACAUCACCGUGGACACUUUCCCACUCGCCAGCUUUAGAGACGUGAUUCAAAAGCAAAAAGAAAACCUUUUUGAUGGCCUUGGGUUCGGCUUGAUCCGUGGAUUUCCUAUUCAAAAUUACAACCGUAAAGAACAAGCGGCCAUUUUCAUGGGAAUUGGCGCUUACAUUGGUAGCCGUAAAGCUCAAAAUGCCAAAGGCCAUGUUCUUGGUCACGUAAAGGAUUUGACGAUUGGUUCGACGACCAAAUCCGUUUACGAUGCUGAAGAUCCAACCACGCGUAUCUAUGCCACUCGAAAAGCGCAACCUUUCCACGUCGAUGGCACGGAUGUAGUUGCUUUGUUAUGUUUGCAAGAUGGGCACGAAGGCGGUUUGAGUUCGGUGAUCUCUUCCCACACAGUGUAUAAUCGUCUAAGGGAGGAACGUCCUGAUAUCGUCGAAUUGAUGAAGAAGCCUUGGCUCUGGGAUAGAAAAGGCGAGCAUAAGCCGAACGAGCCACCCUACCUUGAGGCUUCGCCUUUAACGUACUACAAGAACCGGCUAUUUACGUUUUGGGGUCCUCAUUUCUUUGAAACCAUGACGCGGUUCCCCGAGAUCAAAGUGGAGCCGGAGAAAUUCGAGGCCAUGAAGUACAUCCAGGAACUCUGUGAACGUGAAUGUCUGAGCAUGAAUUUGCAAGUGGGGGAUAUCCAGUUUGUGCAAAAUUAUCAGAUUCUGCAUGCUCGCACCGCGUACCAGGAUCGACCCGAUAAAACACGCCACUUACUGCGACUGUGGUUGCUGGUCAAUGCCAAAGAAGUUGGCUGGGAAAUUCCCUUUGUCAAAGGCGAUUACAACUAUGAAUUUACAGGCAAACAUACAGUGCCCUUGGAGGCCGAGUAAAAACUAUUUAUCCAUAUACCGAACAUUGAUGUAUUUCACCUCCCCCCCCCUCCUCUCUCCGUCAUUGACCUUUCUGUCUUUUUUUUUUCUUCUUUGCCUUCACACAUGGUCACAUUUUUAAAAUUCCUCCAUCCAGUCAUUUCUCCAUGAUUUAUACAUAUGUAACAUUGAUAAAAUUAUUUCUGAAUAAACAACUACAACCCGAGCUACGGAUUCAAAAAUGUCCCCCUGCGAUCGCCGUUUACCAACUGGUA